AUGAGUACGACUGCUAGGAAGAGCAGCGUUUGCAGCAUUGAGGAUUUCAAGUUGCCAAUCAAAGGGACCUUCAGAUCCCAUCCAGGUGGCCAGGAACAUUUGAAGACUGCGGCGCAGUCCCAGUGUCCGGCCUUGCUUUUCUUGAUCUACCAUAUGGGCUGCGAUUUGGAUGGAAGGAUCGCCGGCGUGCUUAAGGCGAAAGGACUUGAGAUGCCAGAAUAUGGCGACCUCUUCGCCGAUAUUCAUGCUCUUGUCCGUAAGGUGAAGGAGGAGCACAAAGAUCAACAUUGGGUCUUUGUGGUCUGGAGUGUCAUCAUAACGGCAGGCCUCUUUACAGUUUUCCCAUGGUUUCUCCUCUGUCCGAGUGUCGCCGCAAGUAUCUUUGCGUCAUUCCUUUUUGAGGUUUAUUUCCUGAACAUCUUUCACACCCGUCACCACAAGGGCGGAAAGCUCUACGAUAUUCCAUGGCUGGACAGACUGACAGCACCUCUCUAUGAGGUGGUGGACAACAUCUGGGGCUACCAUCCAGCAGCAUGGCGGAAGAAUCAUCAUGUCCACCACCACAUGAACACCAACGCGAACUGCGAUCCUGACAUGCCAGCCAUGUAUCCUUUGAUCAGGUUGUUUCAGAGUCAGGAGAGGCGGUGGUUCCAUGUGGCCCAGACAUUCUACUGGCCGCUUCUGCUUCCAUUUUCGGUGACCAGGUUUCCUCUUCAGAACGUCUUCGUGCAUGGAGGCCCUUGGAGAUACUUUGUGCUUUGGAUAGUGCUGAUGUGGGUAUUGCCGUCUCUGCACGGUUUGACUGGCCUACGUGCUACGCUUUUGGUACAAAGUUUGACUGGCUUGACCAUUACAACCAAGUUUGCCGUGUCCCAUUCCCAUGCUGACCUCGUAGCUCACAGCUCAAGCGAUGCUGAUUCACUCUUGACCACCAAGCACACAAAGAUUGAUGCUUGGAUGGCAAACCAAAUCGAGGAAUCCAUGAGUUGGGGUGGCUACUGGAUGACAGUCAUCUUUGGUGGCAUCAACAUGCAGAUAGAACAUCACCUGGCACCAGCACUUGACCCACCGCUUUUGUGGUUCAUGGCAGGCGGUUUGAGGAAGAUCUGCAAGGAGCACAACCUCCAGUAUACGCAAGAGCCUUCGCUCUUCAAUGCUAUGGUUAGCCUCCACCGUCGGCUCUGGAUGAUGGGCAUCGACACCAGAUGA